GUUAUCUGGGAGCUGCCAGUCUGCUCGGCUGUGAGCGCCGGGCUGGGACCAGCCUCCCUCCUCACCCCCCCUCGGGGGAGGCCGGCCGUGGGGAGUGGGGGGUCCACCCCCUUCUUGUCUCUUCGUCCAGCAGAGAAAAGGCACGGCCUGUGGCCUCGGGCCCCUUAAUUCAGCCAAGUUGCGGGGGUGGGGGGGGUCAAACACCUCCAGGGCCCCAGGCCCUGUGACCGCCUCCUGGGGCAGGACCGUCUGGAGGGCCGCCGAGGCCACUGUCCCUUGGCCGUAAUGGAAACUUCUGGGCUGGCUUGUGAGCGGCCACGGCUCCGGUUCCCUCCGUGCCGGAGGCUCUGAUCACCAGGGGAUUGCAGCCGGCAGCUGGGCGAGCUCCCCCGGAGGUGCAGCACCUGCAGGAGCCCAGGCGGGCUGGCAGUGAGCCUGCCUGCGCGUGAGUGGGGGACGAUGUUCCAGUAAAUGAAGACAGCAGCGCACGCCUUGAGCCCCGACUCGCGGCCAAAGACUCGACAUCAGACCAGAAGGAAUGAGGAGGAGGUUCCAGGCUCGCAGACGCCUGGGGCGGGGAGGGAGGGCGACAGGAGGUGCCCCCCCUCAAUCCUGAGACGAAGCCCACAGGAGCGCCACAGCCGUGCGGCUGAGCCACGGGGGACCACGCGGCACGUGCGGUUCCGAGAGCCCCUGGAGGUGGCCGUCCACUACAUCGCCCGCAGGGAGCCCACCGCCACCGCCAAGGCUCCCGGCCGGCCCAGGCCCCGCGGCAGCUCCCUGCUCCUGCGGCUGACGGCGUGCCUCCUGCUGGUGCUGGUGCUGGGCCUGUACUGCGGCCGGGCCAAGCCCGUCGUGCUGGCCCUGGAGGACCUGCGGGCCCGGCUCCUCGUCCUCCUCCUGCGCCUGCGGCUCGCGGCCGUCUCCUGCUGGCGCUGCCUCCUACAGCUCUGACAGCCGGACACGCACCCCCGGGCAGCCCUGAGCCCUGACGCCCGGGGAUGGAGAAGGGCUGCUGCCGGCGGGGCUGCUGGGAAAGGGGGGGCACGGCCUGAGAUGAGACCAGAGCCUCACCGGUCCGGCAGCCUGCCCUGCUUCACACGUCAGGGCCCUCCGCGAGGUGUUAUUAGGGAAAGAAUUCCACUUUGAAAACUGGGGGACCCACAUGCUCCCCUUUGGACCCCUCCCCUGUUCCAGCGGGAACUCUUGGUGACCUUGGGCUUGGCCUAGGGGUGGCCGUGUGUAGCCCCGGGGGAGGGGAAUACCCUGUCAGUAUCCAUGAGACCCAGAAGCACAAACAAAACCUGGCAUUGACAGCUUAGGGCCUGCGGGCCCAGACCCAAAACCCUCCUGGGAGAGGCGGGCCUGCUUGCCGGGGCUGGGGCACUGACCCUCAGUCGUAUGUCACCUGUCUGACACCUGCACUGGACCCAAGGCCUGGGGACCCUUCACGCCCAGGGGGGGUGUCCUGCCCAGCUGCCCCCCAGCUAUCGGCCUGGGCUUGUGGUGCAGAGAGGGCACAAGGAGGGGCCAAGAGGCAGAGUCGCUCUGCCCGGACUCUGCCACCCUCAGGACACAGCAUCUGUGCCAGAUCCCAGCCGGAGCCACGUACCAGCUGCCAGGCCUGUGCGUCCCGUGACCAUGUAGAUGCCAUACUGUCACCCAUGUUGCCAGGCCAAGGGGGCCACAGGGUGAGACUCCAGGGUCCCCUCUAGACGCUGCAAGGAUGGGGGCCUGAGUGACGCAGGGAGGCUCAGGGUCAGACACCAGGAGGGACCGCUGGGAGGCAGCCGUGACCCGACAACCUUCAGACGAGGGGCCACGCGUCAGCCAGCGCCGUCCCUCCCGUGGGCAGUUCUUUAAGUGGCCGUCCCCUCGACAUCAGUGGGGAGACACUGAUGGGCUAUUAAAACAUGCUGCCACCUCU